UGAACCGGUCAGGCAAGUUCAAUGGGACAUGCGUAUGCGAAAUACAAUUUCCCGUUUAUAACCCGAUAACGACAAGCCUUGUACGUUUGUUAAUAGUUUUGUUUUAACUCUUUUGAUUACGAUUGUGAAGAAUGAGACUAUCUGUUCGAUUCAAUGGUAAAUGGUAUGUAAUUCCUUGCGGAGAUGGAGUCAAUUCUAUCCAGUGGUUAAUAGAAGAGACAAUUCGUCGCUCGAAAGAACAUGCCACUGUUCCCGCCAAUAACUUUGAGGCUGUUUUGGCUCAGAGUGAUGGGAAAUUACAUUUGAAAGACCCCAUAAGAGAAGUUUUAAAUGACAGUGAUUUUGUUCAUAUCUCAGGUGAGCUUCGUCAUAUGUAUUGGCAUUACAAGCUUGGAAUAUUCUAUAAUUGUUAAAUAGAAUCCCGAAUCACUUUGUUUAUAAGGGAACAACCAGCUGUCGAAGGUCAUAGUGCAGGGUGCCACAAGCUAGCCAUAGUGCAUUUUUAUAGAUUAUCCGUUAAUGAAAAACGGUUUCUUCGUUUUCGUUUAACGCUUAAAUGAUAACAUGCAAGUUACGUCGUAUCUUGUUCUACAAGAGUGAUUCGCUCGAGCACUUAGUAAACGGCGCCCGCCGGGGUGUCCAAAGAACAUAUAAAUAAUAUCAACGAUGGUUUCUCAAGCGUGACUGCCGUACUUUAACUCCGGGGUACGAAAAAAUAUCAUUUUACUAAAAAAUGUUUUUUCUCUUUUUUUCACAGCAAAAGAAACGUCGGUAGAAAAUUAUUUAGCCUCGUCUGUAGGGAGCUUGUAUCCUUCGUGUGUUUUAAAUAUUCAAAUGAAACCAGCCACAUAAACAUUGUUUUGGUGUCUGUGAUGUUGAUAAGCAAGUACAUUUGGAAUGUUAAUUUACUGUGCACAUUUUAAACAAACAAAACACAUAGCAAUUUUCAACUGUUUAAUAUUUAGCGUUUUAUCGAAUCAGUGAUUGACUAGUUGAUAAUUUAAGUUACUUUUCACAAAUGUCUUUAAAAGGAUAUUGGUCGAUAUUGACUUGAAUUGUGCAAUCUAGUGACUCGUUUCCAUAGCCCUCAUUUAACACAAAAGUAGUCACAAUAGCUGUUUAUCCUUGACUGAUUACUUCAACAUCACAUUCUUACAGAACUGCAGAAAAGAAGCAUGUAAGUUGAGGCGAUGUUAUGGGUGGGGAAGAGAAAUCAUGUUAUUUGAAUUUUACAUAAUGUUUUUAUUAUUCUACAUCUACAUUUUACCUUUGCAAUGUUGUGUUUUCCUAUUGGCACCUUUAGGAUAAUUAUUUUCAGAUGUUUAUUUUUAUUUUUAUUUAUUUGUCAACACAGAGCAUCAGUACCCAUGCUGAUUAAUUCAACUGCAAUUUUUACGGAUAUUAGUCAAUUUUCUGACAACGAUAAAUCUUUGCUUUCAAAUGAAUUAAGGUAGUCUGGAUAUUUGUCUUAUUUUUUUCCAAUAUCACAUAGGCUCUUAAGUUGACAUGUGAAAAAGAUGUUCUCAGAUCUCCCCGGCCCUAUAAUUUGCGACUGAAAGCUUUUGAAGAGGCUUGACAUGUACUACCUGAGUACACUACUAACUACACUACUACUAAGUGUUUGGUCAUAUACUCAGGAGUUUGUAUAUGAACAUAAUUAGGAUGUGUGUCCUUAAUUCCCUGUCAUAUAAUGAGAAACAUGAGGAUGAUAAAAACAAACAUUUCCACCUCUCUUAUAACUAAUUAUGACGGCACUUUUCAUUUUGUUUGUCAGUUUGUUGAAGUUGAUGGGUGUUCACUGUCACCUGAAACUCUGGUUGCCCUGGGGAAAGGCAAACUGAAAAUAAAGGUUACAGAUACAUUUUUUUAAGCUGAUAAGUAAUUAUAUUACAGGAAUUAUACUAUGGAUGAAUCUCUUAUUCUCUCUCAAUCUUCCCAAGCAAAAUCAAAACAGUAUAUAUAUGUAAAAGCUAUAAUUAUAAAGUUGGAAUUUAUAGAAUCGUUUCGUGCCACUUAUGGAAACAAAUAAUUUAUCAUAAAAGAAGGAAUGUUUUUUGAAAGGUGUGGUCUAGUUGGACACGCCCAAUUAAUGUCUUUGCAUUGUUUGGGGAAGCUCCAGUGUUCAUUAUUUAUAAAGUAAAAUUCAGGCUAAGAAUUAAAAAAGACACGUUUCAUUUUAACCAGGAAUUUGGGGUAGGAGAAAACAGCUAGGAAAACAAAAACUGCAUUAUUUGGCUUUACUUUGGAUACAUUUCUAAAUCUUAAAACUAGAUAUGUGUUGAAUUCCCCAAAGCCAAAUUUUGUCCAUCAUAUUUUUUUUAGGAGAGCUCUUUACUAGCUAGGAGUCCAAGGCAUAUACUAUCUGUGUUUAACAUUGGUAUUGGAUAUCCAUGUUAUAGACAAUUGACAGCUGUCAAAAAAUGUAUCAGCUGACCAAUGUCAUGUGACUGUAUUUGAGGCUCAAGUAUACAACUCAUAGUAGAGGUCAUGUAUUUUUUUCAGUUAUCAAGAGACCAGUUUUUUAUUUUCAAUUGAUUGCAGAAAUAAAAAUUUUGUUAUUAUUCUUUCUCUUCUCAGCUGACUGAUGAGGCUGAAUUCAAUGUAUCCAAAUCACGCUCAUUACUUGACAACAUUGUUCGUGAGAAUAAAGGUACCAAUUAUAUGGAACGAAUAACUGAUGCCCAUGUGUAAAUAUGGGAUUCACUGUUGAGUUCACACUAAAUAAUGCCUUGGUUGUGAAAUUCACCAUAUUGUACCAAUUGAAACCUCAAAGGGACUGUUCAUUAAUCAUGGGAGAGAGAAAUGGGUAAACAAAAAUUAGGGUGGAACCUAAAAGUUUAGCAUCUAGAAAUACAAACGGGACCAACUCAUUGAGUAACAGCUAGAGAUGCCAACCUGCGUAGAUCUAAAAUCUGGAGACUGUCUAUUUUGCUCUACACCCCAAAUGUCAACAGUCCAGUACAAUUGCUAUCAAAAUUAGCUUGUAAUGAAAUAAUCUUAACAGUGACGAACUACGGCGGUAAGUGUUAAAUAAUUAUGGAUGGGGUCUUGAAAAUUGUCUUUUCUCAAAUUUGUUUCACAUUCUAAGACUAGACGGUGCAAAACUCUUUUUGUUCUUGUUUAUGUUGUUGUUGUUUUUUAUGAUUUCUUUAUGGGAGACUUUAAAAAUUCUUUUUCCUGUCUUUUCAGUGGUAUAUGGUGUUACUACAGGCUUUGGAAAGUUUGCAAGAGUUGUCAUCCCUGUUGACAAACUUAAGUAAGUAUUCUGAAGGGUGUAAGAAAACAUAUUCUGAUACUCAAAUCUUAUGUGCGUCGACCACCUCUCGUAAGCGGCCACAGUCACUUUGAAGGUGAACAACCACUACUGACAUAAUUGACAAAUGCUCUGACAGGACACAACCGCAGUAGAACAACAAGAGCUUUUUGGAACAAAGUUUAAUAUUUGAUAUGUAAUGUUACUGAACGAACUAGGCAUCACAGACUGAUUGUAUGAUUGUGCUUAAAAGGUUUUUCGAAUAUUCGCAGAUGUGUCAGGCCUAGGCUCGAUUCAUAUCAACUGCUGUUUGGGAUAUUAGUUCACCGUUGUGGUCAGACUCUCGCAAACUGAUGCAAAUGAAGUUCGCAUUUCUAAUGCAGCAUCAACGACUUUGAUAAGCAAUCUAUUAAAGAUAACGUUUUUACAGUAUAGAAGGUUUUUGUCUAGUUUCCGUCUACACACAGAUUCAUGAAUCUGAAAUAAAAAACGUCCCAGUUUGAUCGCGUGUCCAGAGAUCUAAAUUCGAUCCAAGUCGAUUCUAACCCAUCUCUAUAUUACCUGCAAUAACAGAACCUCUUGAUCCGCAUCAUCAUGUAAUUAGUCAAAGAAUUUGUCUUGAUUUGCAUUCAUUUUCUGUUCACCCUUCAGAGAACUGCAAGAGAAUCUCAUAAGAUCACACGCUGCAGGUACAUAUGUCAAUAAAUAACGUUAAAUUUUAAUUCCAAUAACUACCAAUGUGCGAUCCACUGUGAACCGCGGCGGCAGAACGUGAAGAAAAUCUUUGCUGCUCCCCAUGGUAUCACUCUGCUCUGAGUAUCAUGAGAAAUAUGUGGCUAUAAUUUCACGUGAUUCACGCUACUUCCAUGGAUCACAGGCCAACCACUAGGAAAAAUGACUUGAGUUGUCUCUUAUUUUAAGUUUAAAUCUUAUUGUACUACAAAAUGAAGCACUGGGAAAAAUGUCCCACGUGAGUCCCCGGUAUUAUUUCUCGGCGGGUCUUUACAUGACAUUUUCCUUCCCAUGAUUUCUAGAGGAAGUACACGUGGUCUAGUGGAAAGUCCUAUUUUAUACACUUUUUAGAUAUCAGCUAGCAGCGACAUGUUUUCUGCUGGAUUUCAUCUGAGCCCAUAUUUCGCUAGAAUGUCUUUUCGCUUUAAAGAUAACAUAGUAAUGGUGAUUUUACCGACGUUUUAUUUACGAAGAAAAUCCCUGUGGUUUUGCAAUCUUUCUCCAGCCGAAAAGGUUCUUAUUCGCUCAGCAUGGAAAGUUGUACAUGUAUAAACUAUAUGGUUAACUAGAAUUAGGCACGAUUUAUCAUCUUUGUUUUUACUCUAUAUCUUAGGCGUUGGUCCGCCAUUGUCUAUUGAGCACACUCGAAUGUUGUUUGCAUUGAGGAUCAACAUUCUUGCCAAAGGUUACAGGUAAGCUGUACCUCCAAACUUUAGGUUAUCAUUGAUACCUUAUGCGAGUCUCAAGGUGCGUUACUUGAGGGUCCUGUUCCAUUUUAACCUGCCCAAUGCAAAAUGACAAGGGAAUCAUUGUUUCAGUGACCGCUUUUAGACGAUGUUCUAUCUAAGUCUGAACAUUGGUCUUUUUCAAAUGCAAUGUAUGCUUAUGGCCCGGACGUCAUAUUUUAGACAUGUCAGUGGGUUGAAUCUUGGUCGCCACCACCGAGUCAGACAGCUAUGGCGCAGUAAUGUGAAAAAAAGUUCACAUCUUAUAAGUACGAUAACAAUUCCGAAAGAAAGCAACUUUACCUUUCAGUUCACCUUGUAAACACUUUAUUGUUCUUUAUUUCUGUUCCAGUGGAAUUUCGCUCAAGACAUUAAAGCAGCUUAUUGCAGCCUUUAAUGGUGAGAAAAACCUUGCUUACUUCAAUGAUCAGCCGAUUCAAUCUUUCCCAGUAUACUUUCUAGCUAUUGAUUCAAUCGCGAGGUCCCACAAAGUAAACUGCUUUCAAGGCUUCUAAUUGUUGGGUAUCCAGGGGGACAAACCCCAAUCCACCCUAUCGGCUUCGUUCAAACUAAACCUGUGAAGCAAGGUAUCGAAAACUACCCUUGUCUCUAACUAUGAUUUUCUAAUUUUUCACAUGGGGAUACAUGAAAACCAAAAGCGCUCAUCGCAUCUCCUCGAGAAGAUUACUGCGGUCUAUUGUAGCGUUACUUUUAAAAGUCAACCAAACGUUCCCCUGAGAUUGAAGUUAGCAGUUUCUCAAAGUAGGAAAUGGGUAAUUAAAAUUGUUUAAAAUAUCAUUUUUAUGUAUGAACAUUUUUGUGUAGAUAUAAAGAACAGCAAAUGACAAGUUGCAAAAGGGGAAACUGUCCGGCACGUGAUACUCUGACGUUUCUAGUUUGCCGAAAAACGUGAUUCCAAAUCUCGCUAUUGUUGAUCAAACUUGUACUCCUAUACUAGGAACCCUUAGAUUUUAGUACGAGUACGCGUUUCCAAACCGAGUUCGUUUACUUGAGAUGAUGAAUAUUCGCGAGAAUCUUACCCCAUAAGGUGGUGGAUUUCCAAUCUUUUGUUCCUGUCAAAGACAACUGAAGAGUCGUCGCCUCUCAAAUCCAUCAAUCGGCUUAUAGGAAGAAUCACAGCUCUGAGACUGCAUUGAUUCGCGUAGUUAACGAUAUACAGCAUAUUAUUGAUGAUUAGUACGAAUCCAUUUUGGUUUUACUCGACCUUUCCGCCGCCUUCUACCCAUCGAUCACGAGAUCGUUUUUGAGAGAUGACGAUUUCGUUAUGUGGAGUCCCUCAAGGCUCUGUUUUAGGACGGGUGUCAUUUUCUCUCUAUAUUUCCCCAUUGGAAGUUGUAAUUAGGACUCACGGCGUAAAUGCAAUCGUGGUACAGGGUUACAGGGUCUUACGCUUUGUAUCCAAGAUAUCAUGUCCUGGGUGUCAUUGUAAGCCAAAGAAGACUGAAAUCAUUCACUUCUCCUCGCGUUUUUACCGGCCGAACCAGUUCCUUCUAUCAAGGUUGGAAAUCGUUCAAUUAUUCUGAGUAAUGAAGACAAUGACCUUAUGGUCACACUUGAUCGCCAUCUCGCUUUUAAUUUUUUUCGUGCGUAAAUAAAGUAGGGGCAAUGUCUGAAAGGUUGCGCGUAGGCGAAAAAGUUGAAUCUUGCUCAACUUUCACGUCUACGCGCGACACUUCACUCAUUGCCUCUAUUCCAUGUACACCCUUAAGAUUUACGUGUGUGCGCUCGUAAAAAUUACGCCACACUGGAAAUCCAACUUUACUUCCCUAUAGGUGCUGCAUGAUCUUUUUAACUGGAAAGAGUGAACGUUCAUGGCGAGUAUCUCGAAAUUAAGGUCCGUUUCCGGUACUCCACCUGAUACUCGUAGUAAGAUCUAGUGGCUGGUUGUAAAUUUCGCUAUUAUUGAUCAAUCUUGCUCUUUUUUAUCCGCCAAUUGUAGAAUCAUGCCUGCCUUGGGUUCCUGAGCAGGGUACCGUGGGGGCGAGUGGUGAUCUCGCGCCAUUAUCACACUUGGCUCUUGGUUUACUUGGAGAGGGGCAAAUGUGGAGUCCGAAGAGUGGCUGGGCUGAUGCCAAUUUGGUAAAUGCUUUUUAAGCGAUUUCUUUAUGGAACGGUUUCAUUUCAGAUCUUACCGUUUCUUACCAUAUCUGUAGCGGUGUAAGCUCCACUGGCGGAGAGAUACCUGAAACUAAGAAUACUAGGAUAACUCACAGAUUCCACAAGGCUUUAGGGUUUAUUGUACCAACUCUUACAGCAAUCUCGUUGUAGGACGUGUUGGGGCGAAAGCUGUAGUAGGUUCCGAGUUCAAAACCAAUAAAGACAUUUCUUGAGAUGGUUAACCGUCGAAUUUCUGUGAGCCUUAGAAAAACUACGCACGUGUUGCGAUAUUUCAUUGUGACGUAAAAUGCGGUUACCAUAAAGAAAAUAGCUAAAAAUACUACCAAGCAAAACUAAAGGCACACGUGCACGGGUGCUGUUACAAUAUCUAUGUUUUUGUAUCCCCCUGCCCUUAGCGAUUGGCUGAAAAAUCUUAUGCUUCUUUCUGACCCAAUCAGAAUUGAAGCCCACGUCACGCGAGCUUCAAAUGCUGAUUGUUGACAAAAAAGGAACGACGGCUUGUUCACCAAAGUAUAAUUAAUGUCAAGCUGGAAGAUGGAGAGUUGACAGACAAUUUAUAUGUUACGCACGAUCGUUCAGCCAAGUGCUUCAUCUUUCUGUUUUCUAAUUUGACGCUGUAUAGCCUUUUUCGGCUUGGGGAAAUAAGCGGGGGGCGAGUUGGCCACUGCCUCCUUUUUCAAUUUCUAAACGACUCUCUUGACAAUCUGUCUUCCAGAGCGUCUCACAGUUCUUUUAUCGAUAGCAGUAAAUGGAAUUUAUAACCUAGUACAACAUAAACCUCGGCGCCCUCUUUCUUAAUUUUCUGAAUCCAUCCCUAUUGUUUGUGGUUUAAUCCUAUUUUUUAAUGUCGCCCCAGGUUCUCAAGGCACACGGUCUUGAACCUCUGAAGCUGGGACCUAAAGAGGUACUGAGUACUAUUGGUCUUCAAUUUUUCUGAAAUUCCUUGAAAUCAAGCUAUUUCUUGGCAAUUUAGUUUAAUUUAUUUUUAAACAUGUUGUCCUUAGGGACUUGCUUUGAUUAACGGGACCCAGUUGAUUACAUCUCUCGGAGCUGAAGGUAAGCCAGUAAGCCCAGGCUUCUGUAGAAAGGUGGAUUAGAAAAUGUAUCAUUGUUUCAAUAAUGUAUCAUCAGCCAGUAAAUCGUAAGAUUACAUGCAGUUUACUCAUCGCGUACUCAUCACUGAUAUAAUAACCGAUGGAAGCACUAGUUUGGAGGUAUGACUAGGUUAACUGUUUGGACUGAGUAAUCAUAUAUUCUCCAUGAUACAAGUAAACCACCGCCAUCGAAUAUGGGUAGAUUAAGGGCUUUUCUGUAAAGAUGAAAUUUUAAUUUUUUUGUUUUUGUUUUUGCUGCUCUCUUCAGCUGUAGAACGGUCGCGGUUAAUUGCCAAACAGGCAGACAUCAUCGCAGCCAUGUCACUUGAAGUGCUCAAGGGGACAACAAGAGCGUUUGAUUCCUGUGAGUAUAAAAAUCACACUGUUGGAGAGUGAAAUUGAAAGGGGGAUUAUGUAGGCUAUGUUCUCAAUAUACCAGACAGCUUUUGUGGAGGCACGAAAACCAUGCCAAAAAUAUAGGGCACACAUAAGAACGGUGAUUUCAGCGCGAUUUAUUUAGCGGCGAUCCCUACAGUGGAGAGUCACAUAUAGGAUAGGUGUUCACACAAUAAAACUGUGAAAGGUUUGAACCCAGGAGUCAUUUCAAAAGUAGGUUGAGUUUGAUCGUCCGGGUGAACAGAUUACUAUCAACGUCGUACUUUAGAAAGCUGGUUUACUAACUUAGAACAAACGCCACUGAAUCGUGGCCAACAGUUACCAGCGCCGUACAAACGACCUAUUGACGAGAUCAAGCAAAACUAACAAGGAGAGAACGACUGGAGAACUGACAAUUUGACUAACAAUAGGCGACUGUUUAACUUUUACAAUAGACGGAUCGAAACUCACCAGUUACUGAUUACGAGUCUUCACAGCCAAUAACAUCACGGCUUGACUGACAGACGACCAAUAACAUCGCGACAUAAUUGACCAAUCAGAUCAAUAACCAGAGUAUAAUACCAUCAACUGACGUGAUACAACUCACUUUGACUCUGAAGAUGACUACCGCACAGGUUGUCGAAACGUCAGUCACUGUCCACAACAACAGUCCUAUUCAGGACUACGUUCACCCGGACGAUCAAACUCAAUCUACUUUUGUAUACACUGUAUCGGAUAGAGUUUUGUGCCAGCACGAUAAGCUAUCGAGUAAAGUGUGAACAUGACCUUUGACUAAUUUCAAGAUCACACGAUUAAGCAGGGUUUGGUUUGUUUAAUAUCAUCAGUAAUACAUAAAGUGCGCCCUCAUCUUGGUCAGCGUCGAGUCGCUGAGAGACUACGAUCUUUACUUCAUUCCAAAGUACAUCCUUCCGCGAUAGCAGGUUAGUAAAGCGGCUGCAAUACCAGAUUCAGCAUUAACUUUUGCACAUCUCCCAUAAUACACCUUUUUGCCUCCCAAACAUUCUGUAACAAAAACUAUUGUGUACGCUUACAUUUUAUUGUUUUAACUUGUAGAAAGCCACCGAUUCUGUAACCGCGUUCAGGACGCGUACACGUUGCGUUGCUGUCCACAGGUAAGUAAGUAAUUCGAUAAUUCCUGGAAAACCAAACUCUGCGGGAUUUUUAACUACGGUAAAAGUGCCGCUGCAGUUUAGUCAACCCGGUAAGGAUUAAACCCAGAAAUAAAGCACAUGCAUCCAGACAACUAACUCAAAGUCGUGGUUGUCCUUUCUAUUUAUUUCUAAUGAGAAAGAGAGAGGUCGUGAGAACUAUACAAUUGCAGGUUACUAGCUAACUACGAGCUCGCACUCGGAUUUUUUUAAGAUUUACCUUUUAUUGAGAAGGCUGCACCCUACGCAGACCUUAUCAGGGUUUUCAUACGCGCUCGUCUUCUACUAUCGUGAAAAGAAGGUCUCGGUAGUGAUGCUGAAAAAAAAGGAAACAUGUUUCCUCUACAAAAAAUAAAAAAUACGGAAACACAAGGUUUCUGAGGAAGAGUGUAGUGGAAACCCGCGAGACAGGCGCAAACCUGAUUGGUUUCUUAAUUGGAUGAUUAUCCUAUGAUUAUCUUGGCGGUGUAUUACUGUUCAAGAUACGUAUCAUUUCCACUUAAUUAUUUAUUAACUUAAUUAUCUAAUUUGCUAUUUACCAGGUCCAUGGGGUUGUAAAUGAUACCAUUGAUUUCGUCGAAGAAGUAAUAACAACAGAAAUGAACAGUGCCACAGACAACCCAGUAUCCCAAGAUUGACUUAAUGAAUGGCAUAACGAAUAGCAAUAGCCGGAGUGUCAAUAUACUCAAUAGCAAGUACCGUAAUGAUUCGACUCAGCGCCAAUAAGCGCCCCUUUCGAAUGUUUUUUUGUUAACAAGCGCCCCCAUUCUAAUUGCCAACGUGCGGCCUCGCGAAGACGCGAGGCUGCGAGGCGGCAGCCUAAUAGAGCCGUGCUGCCGUGCGCGAUAGUUCCAAGGCAGAAAAAAUCUCGAAUGGAUGUAACAUAAUAUAGUAAUGUAUAUGUAAGGUAACUUUUGUGAAGUAAUGCAUAACCGAGAAUGCAUUGUUUUCGAGCGAACGCGUGAUACAGAUCAGAGAAUCCACGAUCCGUGUGCGUGUUUGUGAGUCCCGUGCUCAUUUCGUCUUCAAUCAAUCGUCGGGUGGAUUCAUUUGCAUCAUACGCGUAUGGCUGCCACAUUUGCCCCGCUGGAAUUUUUUAUUGCCUGUUGCUAAGAAAAAUAAUAACGCCGCAAAAUUUAAUGUGUCUUUGAAGCAAAAUAAUUCAAGGCAACAAAAAAAAAAAAAAAAAAGAAGUAUAAAUGAGAGAGUAAAUUAACCAGUUGUUUUAGUGACCAGGGCUGAGUUGCUCAAAGCAUGGUUAGCUUUAACCAUUGGUUAAGCAGUAUCAAAACCAAUACGUUGUCAAGGUAUUAAACGCUGGUUAACGCUAACCAUGCUUCGAGCAACUGGGCCCAGGGCUUCUAUUUUCUAAGGCUUCAUCGCCGCUCCAUAAAUUCUUUUAGCUUUAAAAGAGACAGAGUAUAAAUAUUUACGUUCAAUAUUCGCGGAUUUUAAUAGGAUUUUUCGAGAAUUAGAAGUUUGCUUGCAAGACUGCAAAAUUUUUACGUAACUUUUUGACAAAACACGAACUUCAUUAUCUCGGGAUUUCAAAUUCUCUAUGCAGCAGAACAGUUUAGUUAACUAUUUUCAAGGUAAUUUUCGCUUAUGCAAUCGAAUUAAGUUCAACUUAUUUUUCAUAACUUACGGUAAUUCAUGACAUUUCUAAACAAAUUGAACAGCGCGCGUGUAGGUAAAAUCUUUGCUCGUUGGCACUUAGCGAUAGCUAUAACUAGUAUUAUAAUAUUAGUGUACGGGUUUGUAUCAACCGAGGUUCAUCUUACUUUAAUUGCUCACCAACGAACGGUAAUGCCACAUUACAAAAACAGUGGUCUUUGUUUAAGUUUUUCAACUGUUAUGUCCCUGCAAGUGUAUAAAUUCUUCAAACGAAUGAUCUCUUCUUCAAAUUUUGUGGCGAUUGCUCAGCUGGUCGUUCUGGCGAGGAAGGAUCCAGGGACAACAAGUCCGUUUUCCAGUCUCCUUGGUCCAGUUACCUUGACUUGCAUUUUCUUCUCACUGCGGGAUUUAAGAAAGGUGAAUACAAGGAACGAAAGUUCCAUCGGCACAUGCCCAACAAGUUUGUUAUCAGCUUUAAAGUCUCAACUGCGUACCCAUCGUGUUCUCUAGCCUUUCCUGCGUGCCAGAGACUCCCCUAUAGUUGGAGGCAAUGCCGCUUUGUAAACAUGUUUCUGUUCUUGUUCCUUAAAUAUUAAAGUUUUGUUUUGAACAUGUGGUUGUUUCUCAAAAAAAUGAAAUAAGCGCCCUGUACCGAAUAAGCGCCCUCCCUUGAGGUAUCAAAAGUAAAUAAGCACCCUGGGCGCUAAAUCGAAUCAUUCCGGUACUUAGUAUGAAUAAUGGUCUCUUAUUGAAGAUGUUGUGUUGCUUUGUUUUUGGUUUUGUUAUUUACGGCCCCUAUUUAACAUUCCUACGUGGUUACUGGAGCAACGCAGGAAAAAAGGUGGAACUUUCCCAGUUUUUCAAAUAUUUUGAUUAUUAGUAGUAUAGUAGGGAUGAAAUUAACCCUCUUUCGGAGGAAUCUCAUUACUUUGCACAGGAACACAUUAACGCCGAUGACUUCAAACCUUUUUCUUCACUUUAUGAAUGAUAAAAUUCGGUGGUAUCUCAUUAAGAUGAGAUCAUGUACUAUUUUUAGAUGGUUAAACCGGUUUGGAGGGGUUUUUUAGUUAUUAUUAGGACGAUAAAUGUCAUGGUUUUUGAUUGGUUGACUGAAAACUAAGAAAAUAUUUUCUUUCCUACGAAACUACCUUAACUUGGCGAAAAAGAUCGUUUUUGUUGAUCAAGAAGAGGUUAUUUCAGGCGGAAAUUUUCAUGGUGAAUAUCCUGCCAAGGUGAGUAUUACUGCCGUCAGUAAAGCCGGUGCCACAUAAGAGAGCACUUGUAAAAAACAGGCACCCAUUAUGAAAAUGUGCAACGACAACUGGUCGAUUAGAGUAGACUGGCCACUAAAACAUGUUAAUAAUGGAAGAAGGAAAGUGAAAAAAAAGCCAAUAUUUCUGCCAAAUUUGCUCUCUUUUAUGUCUCUAACUGCAAAGCGAAGGUUUUGUAGUAAAGUCCGAGAGUUUGUCAUCUGGGAUAAUUUCAAACGUCUAUCAGACAACAAUGAAGAUAACCAUGAAUACAAAUGUUUUAUUAAUAGGUUUUGGACUACUUAGCAAUUGGUGUCCAUGAAUUGGCGAGUAUGAGCGAGAGACGAAUGGAAAGGCUCGUAAAUCCAGGUAUUUGCUCUAAAAGUAUUAAUACACAAAAACCACCAUAUACAUCUUACUAGCGCUCGACACGUUAGCUUUUCAAUCUUUUCACGGUGGAAAAUCUCCUUCAUCAACUCAACUCAGAAAGACGAAUUUUUGUUCUUCACUUCCGACACCACAACACAGUUUAGUACGAUUCUGACCCCAUCAUUCUUUGGCCCCAGGAGGGUCUACAAGGUAUCAGCGCUAGCGUCUUAGUAUUGUUCAACAAAAUACAUCUUCUGACGAGCUGGCAGGCUUGAGCCUGUCCAUUUAUGAGUAUUAUAUGUCUUCCUUGCCAGAAUUGACCCCAGUGCCCUAUUCCAAGAUCUGUUGUUAUGUUAUUGUUAUGGAAAACUUAGUAAGAAAUGUCUUACUCCACUUCUUUUGGUCCAUGCUGUACCAGCUUCUUCUGCCACAGAUCACGUUCCAGGGAUCAGUGGAAUUUUAACUUAGUUUACCUCAGCAUGCCAUGGCGCUGAAACAAUGAGUAUGUGUUACUUUAUAGACGUGAUUACUCCAUUCGGCUGCCAAAUUAUCUUUGUUUCUUUUUUCCUAUGAAUAGCCUACAGUGAGCUACCAGCAUUCCUCGUGAAAGAGGGGGGGCUUAAUUCAGGUAAACAUUUUGUUUCACUUCUGCCUCCUCUGGCCUUGCAUAUUUUCCCUUCCGCUCUGUUAUGACAAAUACCUGAGACAGUAUUCUUACUUUUUUUGAUAUUGGAAGGUUAUUUUUCUCGUUCUCCUUUUCUGCAGGUUUCAUGAUGGCCCACUGUACUGCGGCGUCUCUGGGUACGUUUAAUGAUUUACACAUGUCUGUUUCAUCUUCUUACCCUUUCCUUUUCGUCGCCAGAGAAAAUUAUAAGUACUUCACUGAGGGGUGAUCAUAAUCAAUACAAUCCAAAGAAUUGUGCGCGCGUUUGUAAACAAGUCACAUAAUGAUGCUUAUAAAAUCUCGGUUCCCAAAAUCUUAACUUCCUUAAAUUACAAUUCACUUGAAAUUGAAAAAAAAAUAAACGUAUAACACAACCAAACCCACUGAAAAAGUUUUCAUGAAAGUAAAUCCCAUUUUCACAAGACGUUUUUGCCUGUGGUCUUUAUUCGAAAGUGAGGAUUUUUUGGAUAUCGAAAAUAUAAUUGCCUAUUCUCACAACAUAAGGCACGCAAAUUCGUUUCUUUGUGGACUCUUUGGAACAAAUUUCAGGAAAUUUUCGUUUCGUUUUCGUCAAGGUCCAAUUUUUUUUCAAUACUCUUGUGCUACGUGCAAACGAAGGCAACAACUCCCAACAAUUGUUGGGAGUUGUUGCGUCCGUGUUGGCAGUGGUGUACAAACAAACGCAACGACUCCCAACAAUUUGGGGACCUGCAGUGCAUCGUGGGGAGGAUACAACUAAUACGACUUUGGAAACUUGAAUUCGGCAGCCAUAUUGGCGCGUGCAUGGCCCCAACAAUGUUGUAAGAGCUGUGCAAACGUCUCCAACAUUGCUGCGCUACACUUCAUCGAUCACGGAACAAAAGGAAUGCUAGAAGUUGUUGGCCAACAUUGUUGCGUCCGCUUGCACGAGGCUUUACACCCGAGAUCACUGGCUCAUCACCAAUUGCUUCUUUUUGACAAUCCUUAGUUCACUGUUAGCCUUCUUGUUAACACUUUACCCGCUGCAUCCUUUCUUGCCUGUUAGAGCUGUACCAUCAAGAAAGUAACGGGGAGUUAUUUUUUUUCUCCCUAGGCUACUUGUCGUGCAUGAGCAUUUUUGAUAUUUUCCCCACCUCCUUCCCCCUUCCCCCCAGGUAUUUUUUCUACUGGUCCGUCCCGUAACGAUUUGUCUCUUUUAAUACUUUUUUAUGGUACAGGAACCUGAGCGUACGUAAGCCACGUUGUUUUUUUCUGUUUCCUCGACAUUUAUUUUCUCUUCUGAGUAAUACGUCGCUGUACAUUACAAACUUGAUAGAUAAAUCCUAUAGAUUUGAUCAGUUUUCACAAAUCCGGUCGUCGGCAAUAGUGAUCUUUUCAGUUUUUACCCUGUUCUUGUUCCAUAAUGGCUAUUUUUUUGAAGCUGACAUUUUGAAUUUUUCUCAAAUACUUGAUUCUGAAUUUUAGUUUCAGAGAACAAAGUCCUUUGUCACCCAUCCUCUAUAGACUCGUUGCCCACGUCCGCUGGCCAAGAGGACCACGUAUCCAUGGGAGGGUUCUCUGCGAGAAAGGCUAUAAAAGUGGUUGAAAAUGUGGAGAAAGGUUAGAAAGACAAGUUAGAUUUCUGGUUUAAAAGACCU